GGCGCCCGGGCUGCUCCCGCCGCCGCCCCGCCCAGAGGCAGCACCCCAAGACCCCAGACCCGAAGCCCCGGCGCGUCUCUGAGCCAUGCCGCCCCCGGCGCUGUUCUGUGCUCUCUGCUGCGGCCUCCUGGCUGUGUCCGCGCGCGCCGGCUACUCGGAGGACCGCUGCAGCUGGAGGGGCAGCGGCCUGACGCAGGAGCCCGGCAGCGUGGGGCAGCUGACCUUGGCCUGUGUGGAGGGCGCCAUCGAGUGGCUGUACCCGGCUGGGGCGCUUCGCCUGACUCUGGGCGCUCCUGACUUUGGCACGAGGCCGGGCAUCACCUGCUUGCGCCCAGCGCGGCCCUUCGCGGGCGCCCAGGUCUUCGCUGAACGGGAGGGCGGUUCCCUGGAGUUGCUGCUGACCGAGGGUCCAGGCCUGGCAGGGGGCCGCUGCGUGCACUGGGGUCCCCGCGAGCGCCGGGCCCUCUUCCUGCAGGCCACACCGCACCGCGACAUCAGCCGCCGGGUGGCCGCCUUCCGCUUUGAGCUGCGUGAAGACCGAAGCCCAGAACUGCCUCCACAAGUCCACGGCCUUGGUGAGGAUGGGCUGCUGCUCUUUGGGUCCCAGAAGGCCACUCUGGGAAGUCACAGAAGGUUCCCGAAUGCUGGUGCCUGCAGGCCCUGCAGUGAUGAGGAGCUCCUCCUGGCUGCAUGCACCAGUGACUUUGUGAUCCGCGGGACCAUCCACAGGGUCACACAUGAUAUGGAGCUGCAGGAGUCUGUCAUCACUGUGGUGGCCACCCAUAUCCUCCGCCAGACACUGCCACUGUUGGGGAUGGGGGGGCCUGCAGGCCAGGGGCAGGCCUUCAUUCGAACCCAGCUGCGCUGUGGUGUCCGCCCUGGCCCAGGCACCUUCCUCUUCAUGGGCUGGAGCCGCUUUGGUGAAGCCUGGCUGGGCUGUGCCCCUCGAGUCCAAGAAUUCACCCGAGCCUACACAUCUGCCCAGGCUGCCCACCUCCACCCCUGUGAGGUGACACUGGACUGAGGGCCUUUUUCAGGGGACAGGGUGCUAGGGAGGGUGUGUGGGAGGGAGGUGGGGAGGGGUGGCUUCUGGAUGCAUUUAUGUUCCCAGCUGCUUCCAAGGGUUAGGGAUAAUCAAUAAGAAUACUGAUCACAUGGUAGAUCUGGUCUCCUUUGGCCAGCACAACCCUG